AUGAAGGUCUUUGCAGCCAUUUUUGCUCUUCUCCUCAUUGCAGCGUCUUGCUCCCAAACUUUCUCUGGCCCAGUUGGACCUGACUUCCCAAUCUGCUGCUUAUCUUACACACACCACAAGCUCCCGCAGAAGCUCAUCCUGCGUUAUUACAGGACCAGCACCAGUUGCACACUGCCAGCCAUCGUGUUCAUCACAAAGAAAGGCCGCCAGGUCUGCGCCAAUCCCAGUGACACCUGGGUUCAAAGUCACCUGCAAAACUUGAAGCAGAACUGA